AAACGUAGUUCAGAUUUAUUUAUUUCAUAGUCCAUGAUUUCAAUGUAGCACUGCAGUUCGCAUGUGUCAGAUUUGGAUUAUAAAUACUUCUAUCUUAUGUCAGCCUGCAAGUAAUAGUUUAUGAGAAUUUUGAAUAAUGUCUUCGAAAGCUACAGUAUCAGGGACCAAGAUGAAGAUACUGAGGAUAAUUUCAAAAGGCAGGGUUCUUUUAGAAAGCUUCUACCUGCGAACACCAACGGUGAUAGCCAAUUAAGCAUGUCGGCUAAAAUGAUUGAAAGGCCAAACUUAUUGCAAAAUAAUAAAGAAUACAGAGUAUUCUUACAGGAACACUCUAUUCUCUUUGAAUAUAAAAUGGUGUGUAUUCAAGACUUGAAGGGAAUAUAUGUAAUACCUUCGGCUCAAAAUUCAUUUUUGUGGUUUGGAGUGCAAUUUGUAAGACAAGGAAUUUAUCAGGGUGGUGUGUUCAGAUUUACUAUAACAUUGCCCCCAAAUUUCCCAGAUGGUGGUUGUCCGAAAGUGGUGUUUCAAACAAAUGUUUUUCAUCCCCUAAUAAAUCCUGACAGUGGAGAACUUUAUCUUGCAUGGAAUUUUCCUGAAUGGAAAAGAACUAACAGAGUGUGGUCUCUGAUACAAUUUAUAACAAAGAUUUUGACUAAGGUGGACUCAAAAAUGACACCCAUAAAUCAAGUAGCAGCAGCCUUAUUAGAAACUGAUGUAGAGAAAUUUCAAAAAUUGGCAAAGGAAUCUGUAAAGAAUAGUUUAAGUCAAGUAUAUGAUCCACCACCGACAGAUGAUCCACACUAUAUUACAUUCAGCCCUUAUGACAAUGAUCUUCAUGAUCCUAUAAAAGAAGAAAUUUACCAACCGAAGGAAGAACGGGAAAACAAAACUGUAGGUUUUUCAUGGGUGCAACCAGGCUCUUUGCAGCCAUUUUCAAAGUCAGAGACAAGAUAACGUAGAAUAACAAAAGUUCUCUAUGAAGUCCACAAUGUUGGAAACUCUUGACCUCAUCUGUAAACGCAUGAAAAAGAAGAUAUGGGCAAUCUUAACUAUUUCUAUCUAAGGCAAUCUUUGCUCAAAAGCUUUGAGCUAAAAACUAGAGAUAAAUAAUAAUCGUUAGUCACAGCUACGUUGAUUAAAAUGAUGUUAACUAUUCUUUAUGAGAUUUUUUUAAAAAAGUUACUAAACCAAAUAUACGAACAAAUAAAAAUUUUUAAUACUCACUAGACUAGUUUCUAAAGGUAAUACGGAUCAGAGAAAUAUCAAAUUAAUUUCAUAAUAAUAAAACUAUUUUAUUAUCAA